AUGUCCGGAUCUGGGUCCUCGUCUCUCAACGAGAAAGAGAUAGACUGGCGGCUACAGGACCCGGAGGCAGCUGCAGAAAAUCCUAAGCAAUAUGAACCCAUCGUCAGCGAACCCUUGGAGACAGCAGAGGUCGAGAAGAAUCUGGAGGCCAAUGCCGACAAGCACAGCACCCGAGGAGGUCCGCUCUCCAGGCUACAGAGCGCGCAGAGCGGUGUAUCAGAGUGGAGCAGCGAACUGUCUGACACAAAAUCUUCUGCCAGCGGAAGCAAGAAAUGGUACAAGAAGAUAAAUCCGCUGAAAUGGGGCAAGAAACCACGGGUUCCAGAGACCAGACUUCCGUCGCGGGAGUAUAGUGCCGGAUUUUUCAGCCGACUUACUUUUCAAUGGAUGGCUCCGCUCAUGACGGUCGGUUACAAGCGACCGCUCGAAAAGAACGACCUUUGGACCGUCAAUCCGGAUCGAAGCGCAGAUGUAAUGGUGGAAAGGCUUCAAGCAUCGUUCAAGCGACGGAGAGAAGCAGGAGACGAAAGACUCCUCUUGGGUGCACUCUUCGACACAUUCAAAUGGGAGUUCAUAAUAGGUGGUACUUGCCAGCUCCUUGCGAGCAUCAUCCAGUCCGUUGCACCGUUCAUCCUACGCUACCUAAUCAAUUUCGCACUCAAAGCGUAUAUUGCCCAACACAAUGGCGGACCUGCCCCUCCUAUUGGUGAAGGUAUCGGUCUGGUUAUUGGCAUCACGGCAAUGCAAUUCUUCCAGAGUAUGGCAACAAAUCAUUUCAUGUACAGAGGUAUGAUGAUUGGCGGUGAAGCAAGAGCUGUGCUCAUAUCCGUUAUCUUCGACAAGGCCAUGAAACUCUCCGGACGCGCGAAAGCUGGCGGCAAGGCGAUCCUGGAAAAGCCACCCCCCGAUGUAAAAGCAGGAAGCGAAGCAGAAAGAAAGUGGUAUCACAAAAUCCUCAAGAAGAAGCAGAAGGAACUUGCGCAAGGUUCGCAAGGAGUUUCGGGCGACGGCCAAGGCUGGGGCAACGGGAGGAUUAUCAAUCUGAUGUCCACAGACACGUACCGCGUAGACCAGGCCAGCGGUUUCUUCCACAUGAUUUGGUGUUCGCCCAUUGCGAUUCUGAUCACGGUUGCUUUGCUGCUCAUCAAUCUUACGUACAGUGCACUCCCAGGAAUUGGUCUCCUCAUCGUCACCAUGCCAUUACUUGGACGUGCCGUGCGCUCCCUUUUCCGGCGGAGAAUGGCAAUCAACAAGAUCACGGACCAGCGUAUUAGCCUGACACAGGAGAUUUUGCAGGCUGUGCGAUUCGUCAAGUAUUUUGGGUGGGAGACAAGCUUCCUUGAGCGAGUGGAUGCCAUCCGAACGAAAGAGAUCAAGGGCAUCCAGGUCCUGCUCGCAAUUCGAAACGGUAUCAUGGCUGUAGGCAUGUCGAUGCCCGUGUUUGCCUCCAUGCUUGCUUUCAUCACCUACUCCCUCACCGAUCAUGGCCUCAAUCCUGCGCCGAUCUUCUCGUCGCUUGCUCUGUUCAACUCUCUCCGCAUUCCGCUUAAUUUUCUCCCUCUUGUGAUUGGACAGGUCAUUGACGCGAAUGCAUCUGUCAAGCGAAUCCAGGAAUUUUUGUUGGCGGAAGAAGCCCAAGAGGAUACCGAGUGGAAUUACGAGGCGAAAGAGGCUAUCGUGGUCAAAGAUGCAGACUUUACUUGGGAGCGUCAUCCCACGCGUGAAGAUGAGGAUGGGCCUCCGGAGAAGGGGGGCCCUCCUGGCAAGAAAUCGAAGAAGGAGAAGAAAGACAAGCGAAAGAGCGUACAGUCUGUUGCGAGUAAUGGUAGCGGCUCCGCAUCUGAUUCGAAGCAGGGAGAAAAAUUGGGAGAGGAGGAUCUCCCGUUUCAAUUGAAGGAUCUUCAUCUUUCAAUUGGGCGGAAGGAGCUGAUCGCCGUUAUAGGUGGCGUAGGCUCUGGAAAGAGUUCCUUUCUGGCAGCAUUAGCAGGUGACAUGCGACGGACCAAGGGCGAAGUCAUGAUUGGAGCGUCGCGUGCCUUCUGUCCCCAGUAUGCCUGGAUUCAGAAUGCGACCGUUCGUGAAAACAUCGUCUUUGGGAAGAAAUUCCAGGACGAUUGGUAUAACAAGGUUGUCGAUGCGUGUGCCUUACGACCGGAUCUUGACAUGCUUCCCAAUCACGACAAAACUGAGAUAGGGGAACGAGGUAUUACCGUUUCUGGUGGUCAGAAGCAGCGUAUGAACAUUGCGCGUGCCAUCUACUUCGAUGCAGACAUCGUGUUGAUGGAUGAUCCAUUAUCUGCAGUUGACGCGCAUGUCGGACGACACAUCAUGGACAACGCGAUUUGCGGUCUUCUCCGAGACAAAUGUCGCAUUCUGGCUACACAUCAACUUCAUGUGCUCGAUCGAUGCGAUAGGAUUGUCUGGGUCGAAGAAGGUCGAAUUCAGGCAGUGGACACGUUUCCCAAUCUGAUGGCGAACAACAAGGAGUUUCAACAAUUAAUGACCAUGACUGCUACCGAGGAGGCGAAGGAGGAGCAAGAACAUGCUGUUGAAGACGAGAUCGAAGACGAGAAGAAAAUGGCCAAGAAGAAGAAAAAGAAGAAGCCUGCUGCCGCGCUUAUGCAGGAAGAGGACCGAGCUACCAAGGCCGUGAAUUGGGACGUCUGGCUAGCCUAUCUCCGAGCCGGAGGUGGCCUAUGGGUCGGUCCAGUCGUAGUGCUGGUUCUCAUCCUGUCACAGGGUGCGAAUAUCGCAACGAGCUUGUGGCUGUCAUGGUGGACGUCCAACAAGUUCGGUUACAGCGAAGGUACAUACAUUGGAGUAUACGCUGCACUCGGUGUCUCUCAGGCUGUGUUGAUGUUUGCAUUUUCGAUUGCCGUCUCUGUGUUUGGCACUGAGGCCGGCAAAGUCAUGCUGCAUCGCGCCAUCCAUCGCGUCCUCAGAGCCCCGAUGUCCUUCUUCGACACCACACCUCUCGGACGUAUCACAAACCGCUUCUCCAAAGACAUCGAUGUCAUGGACAACACACUUACCGAUGCGAUCCGCAUGUACUUCAUGACUCUGGCCAUGAUCAUUUCGGUCUUCAUUCUCAUCAUCUCGUAUUACUAUUACUAUGCCAUAGCGCUGGGUCCUCUGUUCCUCAUCUUCAUGUUCUCUGCUGCGUACUAUCGAGCAUCGGCCCGUGAGGUUAAGCGUCACGAGUCGGUCCUCCGCAGCAACGUCUUCGCACGCUUCAGCGAAGCGGUCAUGGGCACGCCAACUAUCCGUGCCUAUGGUCUGGAACAUCAAUUCUCCCGUUCAGUCCGCGAUGCGAUUGACGACAUGAACAGUGCAUACUAUCUUACGUUUGCGAAUCAGCGUUGGCUUAGCGUUCGUCUCGAUGUCAUUGGCAUCCUGCUCGUCUUCACCACGGGCAUAUUGGUUGUUACUUCCCGAUUCUCCGUUAACCCUAGCAUUGCGGGACUUGUACUCUCUUACAUUCUUACGAUUGUACAAAUGAUUCAAUUCACGGUGCGUCAACUCGCAGAGGUCGAGAACAACAUGAACGCGACGGAACGGAUUCAUCACUAUGGCACCAUGUUGGAAGAGGAGGCUCCCCUCACGAUGGGUGAGGUCAGGAAGACGUGGCCAGAACAUGGCGAGAUUGUAUUCCACAACGUUGAGAUGCGUUACAGAGAAGGUCUACCGUUGGUGCUCAAAGGCCUCGAUAUGCACGUUGCUGCGGGCGAGCGCAUCGGUGUGGUUGGACGCACUGGCGCCGGCAAGUCCAGUAUCAUGAGCACGUUGUUCCGUCUCACCGAAUUGUCGGGAGGAUCCAUCACCAUUGAUGGAGUGGAUAUCAGCACAAUUGGUCUCCACGACCUGCGCUCCAAGCUCGCGAUCAUCCCUCAAGAUCCGACGCUCUUCAAAGGCACCAUCAGGUCCAACCUCGACCCGUUCAACGAGCACAACGAUCUCGAGCUCUGGGGCGCGCUGCGACAGGCAGACUUGGUUUCCAACGACGCUUCCAUGGACGACAAAUCUGGGCGCAUCCAUCUUGAUUCUGUCGUGGAGGAAGAAGGUCUCAACUUCUCGCUUGGUCAACGCCAGCUGAUGGCCCUCGCGCGCGCCCUUGUGCGCGGCUCGCAAAUCAUCGUUUGCGACGAGGCGACGUCGUCGGUCGACUUUGAGACCGACCAGAAGAUCCAAAAGACGAUCGUCGACGGUUUCCGUGGCAAGACGUUAUUGUGUAUCGCGCACCGUUUGAAAACCAUCAUCGGAUACGACCGCAUCUGCGUCAUGGAUGCCGGCAUUAUUGCGGAGCUGGACAAGCCUAUCAAUCUAUACGACCAGGGUGGCAUUUUCAAGGGCAUGUGUGAUCGGAGUGGAAUCCGGAGGGAGGACUUCUUCACGGCUUAA